AUGGAGAUCAUCCUCCUAGAGGACCAAGUCCCAGAAGUUCCUAUUCAGAAUGCCCCUGCCUCUGUGGGGACUGGGCCUGAGGAUUCUGAAGGCAUUCUACUAAAGAUCGGGGAUAAGCGCCCAGCCCUUUCCGGAACAUCUUCUCCAUCUCCUGCUCGGAAGAAAUCUAGGGCUGCCACAGGAUCUUCUCCAGCUCUUCCUUCCAUUGGGAAGGGGAAAGGUGUUCCUGCUACGCCUUUGUUGUCUUCUUCUGACAAAGUUCUAAACGGGUCGGACAUUACCUAUGAGUCUCCUGCUAGUGCUGUUGCCGAACUUCUUAGAGAGCGAAUGUUCGGUGGAAUUUCCGAGGCCUCUGAUUCGCGUCUUCUUGCCCUGACUGGUCUCUUAGCCAGUUUUACCAAGGAACAAGCGUCCUUUCAAUCUCGCUCUCGGGAGGAGCUCGGAUCGACAAUUAGGGAGAUGCUUCUGAUGGUGACGGGCCUCUUUAUGGAGGUGGAUGCCCGUGAUCACUCCUUUCGGGAGUCCGUAGACCGUCGGAUUGAAGAGGCGCGUCUGGAUGAAAAUUUGUCUGCAACUAGUGACGCCAGGGGCAACCUUGCAGCGGCUCGGGAGCAUACCCAGUCCCUCCAGGUAGAGUUGCACUCUGCGCUGGAGGUCAUUAAAAAGGCUGAGGAGAAGGCGGUUGAGACAGCAGAGCACACCAAGUUCUUAGAAGCAGAGCUGUCUCAUACUCGCAAGGUCCUCAAGGAGUCUGAUGAGAGAGCAGCUGCCGUGGAGGCUCGUUGUGCAGAAGUUUUAAAGCAGCUGUCCGCUAUGACGGGGGCCCUUCGAGAGAGAGAUGAGGCUGUGAACCAGAAAAUUGAGAUCCAGCGUCAAUAUGAGGCCUUAAAGGCUGAUUCUGAAGGACUGCAGGUUCACCUGGAGGAGGUGAAAACUCAGAAGGAAAGGGCCCUAGCUCGGGUGGAAGUCCUUGAGCAGGAGUUGAGUACGAGCUCUGAUCGUAUCAGGGACCUGGCUUCGUCUGCUGAAGAGUAUAACCUUCGCCACCAACAGCUCAACCAUGAAGUUAGGACCUUGGAACGUAAGUGUUCAGCCUUGCUCAAGGUAGUAAAACAUGUUGAGGACAGGGCUCAGCUAGAGCGUGAGCAAUGUAUAGCGGAGUAUGAGAAGUCUGAUGAACUGAAGAGGAAGAUCGACCAGGCCUGUGAGGUUCAUCUUCAGGACUACAAAGAUUCCGCUGAAUUGAAGGCGUUUGUAGCUGAGGCUUGUGAAGCACAUCUUGAUGAAUAUAAAGCUUCCGCUGAGAUGGGGUCGGCCAUUUUUAAGAAAGCCUUCCGUAUGUACAUAACUGGUUAUAAUCGUGGUUUAAGGGAAGCUAGACAGGCUCCUGAUAUUCCUUUGGAAAAGUUUCGUAAGCCCGAAUUGGACUCGGAUGGCGAGCAGGUGUUAUAUGGGGAAGAUGAUUUCCCUAUGCCCAGAGGGGAUUGUCGCGUCGCAGGCCGGCGGCCAUCUGUGUCUUCUUCAGAAGAGUCCGAGCCGGGGGAGGAUGAGGAAGUUCUUGGGUCAGAGGGAGAUGAUCCUAAUUCUGAGCAGGAGGACCCCCACCUAGGGUCAGAUAUUGCCCCUGUUGUUAAUGUUGAGAGGCCUGAUCCAAAGGAGGCCGUGCUUCCUCCAGAUGUAGUUGUAAAUUAA